UAGCUUGUCCAUAAUGACUACAACAUCGAUCUCUCCAUCUCAUAAUAAAUUAAAAAAUAAUGGAGGAUGUUUACUCCAUAGUCCACUAUUGGCUAGUUGGCCACCCAAUUAUCAGUCAAUUCGAGUUUAAGCAUGGACAAACUUUUGGUGCCGCCUUGUUAUUUCCCAUCGUAUCAGUGUCUGUGUACUUGUUUUUCACUGUACUAUCUCUCCGUUUCCCAACACUCCUCCCCACCGUCUCCGCCGCCACCCUCCGUCGUAUCACUGCCACCCACAGCCUCAUCCUAUGUAUCCUUUCGCUUAUCAUGGCCGUGGGCUGCGGCCUCUCGGUCCUCCACGAGAUGGCCGCCUACGUCCAUGACUGGUCAUGGCUCAUCUGUUACAACAGGUUAAAUUAUGAAAAUAUGGUCCUUACACGAGGACCCAUAGUUUUUUGGGGCUACGUGUUUUAUCUUUCCAAGAUUCUUGAAUUUUUGGACACCCUUUUGAUCCUACUAAGUAGCUCGAGAUCUCGACGACUCUCGUUCCUCCACGUGUACCACCAUGCACUGGUGCCACUCUUUUGUUAUGUUGGUGUUUCAACUGGCCUGUCCAUGCUGCAUGCUGGGGUGAUGACUAAUGCUUCGGUUCACGUACUAAUGUAUGCUUAUUAUUUCCUGUGUUCUAUUGGAAAAAGGCCAAGGUGGAAGAAAUUGGUGACUGAUGUACAAAUUGGACAGUUCAUGUUUUGCUUUGUGUGUUUGGGGUCAGUGAUGUAUUAUCACUUGACUAGUGAGUUUGGGUGCUCUGGCAUUGGUGUUUGGUUCUUCACUUUCAGUUUUAAUGUCUCACUUUUAGCACUUUUUCUCAACUUUCACUUCAAGACCUAUGCCAAGAUCAAUUCCAAGAAACCAUGAAGAUAGAGAAGCUUGGCAGAUAAAAAGAUCACAUUAAGCAUAUGUAUGUUGUGACUUGAGAAUGUGGUUGGUUAUGUUAUAAGUUAAUCAGUGGAGUAUUGUAUUGUUUUACUUUUAUAGGGCUUGGAAAGUAAUGAGUGACUUCUCAUAAUAAAUAUAUAUAUACUUAUAAAAGCGUGGUUGUAUUGGGGUGAAAUUUACAAAGGCUGUUUGAAA